UAUACAUCUGUCGACCGGAUUCGGGCGGGGGUCGGGCGGAGGGAGUCGGCGGCAGGGGCGGCGAGCGUAUAUAACCUUCGGUUACCAACCGAAGGCCUCCGGCAAGGACACGGGCCCGUGGCCGGCGCCCGGACUAGUGUAGGCAUCCCUAUGCCGACAACACCGAUCAAGUGGAAAUUAUGAUAGAUCAAAUCCAGUUGCCAGCAAGUGUUUUUGUCUCCCUCACCUCAUCACCGUGGUAGACAUGGUAGGCGUCCGUCGUUUUGCGUGAAAAGGUCUCCUCGACCGUCAGCGAGACCAUGAGCCACUUGGGCCAUCUGGGUGCCACGCGAUGUUGCAGCCCAAGCUCGCGACACAGGCCUGAGUCCAUUGUCGCCUCGGUGCCUGUGAUUGGAGGCCAUGCCAGAUCAGAACUCCAACGUGCUGAAGUUGUGGGGAAAGAGGAGCCCCGCCUUGAGAGCCACGAGCCGGCGCCAGAGCCUCCGACCUUGAGCGCACCCUUCAGGUCCUCCACCCCGUGGGCUCCGACCUGGUCGCCGGAGCCGAUCCAGGGCUGCGCCUGGGUGGAAGGCCAACCAGUCUUCCGCUUCCAACCGCCCAGCUCCCUGCUUCACCAGCCAGUCCUGCUUCCAGUCCAUCAACCAGGCUUGAGGUGGCCUCCCCGCUCGCCGACCUACCAUCGACCGUGAAAAAGGGGCGCUCACCUGGACAAUUUGUUGUUUGGC